CAUCCUGUUGCAUGAUGGAAAGCGCGAUGUUCAAAUCGAGCAGUUGAAAACAAAGCUCUGUUGGAGAGUGAAGGGAACUUUUACCUUUAGUAAUUUAACAUUUGUAACGUAUAGAUUUUUUUUUUCAUUUCACAUAGGUUCUAGUUUCGGGACUUUUAUGUUCAUAGAUUUUGAUUUGUUUUUAUAAGUACGUGUUAGUGUGGUGUUUUGUUGUUUUUGGACGGACUAUGGACGGACAAGGAAGUUGUAUCCAGACUCCUGGAGACCCUACUUUUUCAUCUAAAGGAGCCCUAAGCGAAGUUACAAAGUGCAGAAGUGCUGUUCGUUUUCGACGAAGUCAUGGGACUGGCCUGACUAUGCGGGGAUACACACCACACCACAAGGUGGCGUCCAUGAAAAUCUCAAAGAAUGCACAAGUUCUGAAACGUGACUUUAGAGAGAAGGUGGACCCUGAACAAAUUUCUCUCCUGAUGAAAAAGGAAUGGAAGCUCUUUUAUGUCACUCCACUCUACAAAUUCAAACACACACAACUGAAGACCUACUCCAAGCAGCUAUCUGCUUUCAUAGCAUCAGAAAAACAGAAGGGCAGAGCAGUGGAAGUGGGACCAGAGACUGGCUUCAAGGUGGUGUUCUCCAUAAUCUUUGGCCUGACUGAGACGGAAGAGGACACAGAGUUAGUCUUCAUUCAGAUUCAUUCUAAGCCUUCGUUUGCGGCAGAGGGUGCGAGCGACGUAGUCAUCUGGAGUGGCUGGCUGGCUUGUAUUAACGGCAACACGGAAUACCUGAGGGCUAUUCCAGCGGACUUUGUUUGCUUGCCCUUGUUCUGUGCUAGCGGAGCAGGGAGCCUGACCUCCUUGGUCAAAAGCUGGUUUGAGACCACGUUUGACUGUAACUUUGGCCAGCUGCGUAUCAGCCCCAGUAACCUGCACCGCUUGGCUACCAUGUGGACCGGUUGCCAUCCCACAGUGAACAUCCGGUACCUGAAGCUGUCCUGGACUCUGCCCACUUGUCCACCCUUAGACAUUUCCUACACUGUCAAUCCAGGAGACGUAAGCGACCUGUGGAGCAGAAUUUGCCAAGGAAAGGACCAAGUGAGUUCCGAGGUAGCGAAACAGUUCUUUCAGUGCCUCGAAUCGCAUUUCUUCCGGCACUUCAGGAUCCAUCUUUCUGCCGGGGAGUUAACGAAGGUUUCCACAGCUUUGGGAUCUGCUUACCGUGAUGGUAAAAUCCAGUUUAUGAACAGUGACUACAUGAUCGACGUCCUGAUGUUGCUGACAGAGAGCGCUCUCUUAAUGAUGCCUGUUUAAGUGUACAAAAAACAAGGACUUUUAAAAGUUUUUAAUAUAGAUGUUUUUAAAUAACAAAUUAUACCUUUUCAUUUUAAGCUGAAAGGUCAGUAAAUGUGGUUUGAAAUGUAAAUCCAUGCACUACAUUCUGCAUUUCUAGACCAUGUUGUUAUGCAAUUUAUAUGUUUUUCUUUUUGUCUUGUAAGCAGACUAAGAAUAAAACUAAGUAAUGCUUUUAUCUGAUGGA